AUGGGGGAGAAAGUUUCCGAGGCGCCCGAGCCCGUGCCCCGGGGCUGCAGCGGCCACGGCGCCGGGACUCUAGUCUCGCCGGCAGCAGCCGUGUCCUCGGAGGGCGCUUCCUCAGCGGAGUCAUCCUCUGGCUCGGAAACUCUGUCGGAGGAAGGGGAGCCCGGCCGCUUCUCCUGCAGGUCGCAGCCUCCGCGGCCGCCGGGCGGCGCCCUGGGAACCCGGCUGCCCGCCGCGUGGGCUCCCUCGCGCGUGGUUCUGGAGCGUGGAGUUCCUACUCUGCCGCUGCCGCCCCCCGGAGGAGCGGUACUGCCGGUGCCCCGGGUCAGCAGCGCAUCCCAAGAGGAGCAGGAUGAAGAGCUUGACCACAUACUGUCUCCGCCACCCAUGCCGUUUCGGAAAUGCAGCAACCCAGAUGUGGCCUGUGGCCUCGGAAAGUCACUGAAGUACAAGCGACAGCUCAGUGAGGAUGGGAAGCAGCUGCGGCGAGGGAGCCUGGGAGGAGCCCUCACCGGGAGGUACCUCCUUCCGAACCCGGUAGCAGGACAAGCCUGGCCUACCUCAGCAGAGACGUCCAACCUCGUGCGCAUGCGCAGCCAGGCACUCGGCCAGUCGGCUCCCUCGCUCACAGCCAGUUUGAAGGAGCUGAGCCUGCCCCGAAGAGGAAGUCUAUUUUUUUGACACUUGAAUGGAUGAAGUCUUUGAGUGAGCCACACUUCCUGCUGCUAGAUCCAC